GCCCAGACAGAGACUUCUUAACUCGUUAUUCCUUUGUCAGCUGGUCUUAUUGGAGACUGGUCCCCAUAUUCAAAGACCUUAUUCACACUCUAGAUUUGAUUCACUCCUGUCUAAUUAUUUGAUGUUUUUACUUUUUAAUGAUACGUGUAACGUAAAUAUUGUUGGGUUUCAUUUUGGUGGGUUAAGCUUGACUUCAAGUUCAGCUGCCGUGUGACGACUUGCAUUGGAUUCAUUGAAUACCCCUUCUCGAAUUUUGCCUAUUGAGGUCUUCUGGGGACAGUGGACUGCAUGGGAUUCUCUUAGAUUUGCAAAAAGGAAGGAGAAUCUGUUAAAAGUUUGGAGGAGAUUGGUUUUUGAGGGAUCUAACUGUGGAUUAUUAUAUUGCAUAAUAAAAAGUUGCUUUGGCCACUUACCUCUUCUGCUUCUGGUUCUGCAGUGAAGGAUAUAAUUAGUGUUCUUGUUAGAAGCUAUGAAGUGUUUCUCAUUCUCCAAUGGAGAGAAGAAGGAUGAACCAAAGAGCACAAAGACAGUGUCGGUUCUGUCCACCAAUUCCACUUUAAAUGAGGGUGAUGUGAGGAGAUCUGGGUCUGAACUGAAUUCUCAGAAUGUCUUAGACAAUCCCGUAGAGUCCUUACGGAGAACCUCAUUUCCUAGUUUUUCUCAGAGAUCCAGCAACCUUAGAGUGUUUACAAUGUCCGAGCUUAGAUCAGUCACCAGAAAUUUCAGUCGCUCUGUUAUGAUUGGAGAAGGUGGUUUUGGGUGUGUUUAUAAGGGGGUAAUCAAGAGUGCAGAAGAUCCAUCAACAAAAAUUGAAGUUGCAGUGAAACAACUUGGUAAAAGGGGGAUGCAGGGGCACAAGGAAUGGGUGACAGAAGUUAAUGUUCUUGGGGUGGUUGAGCAUCCUAACCUUGUCAAACUUGUGGGUUACUGUGCUGAGGAUGAUGAAAGAGGAAUCCAGCGGCUUCUGAUAUAUGAAUAUAUGCCUAACAGAAGUGUUGAGCACCAUCUAUCCACUCGGGCAGAGAUACCUCUUUCAUGGGCCAUGAGAUUGAAGGUAGCCCAAGAUGCUGCUCGAGGCUUAACAUACCUACAUGAAGAAAUGGAUUUUCAGAUCAUCUUCAGGGAUUUCAAAUCUUCCAACAUCCUUCUGGAUGAGCAAUGGAAUGCAAAGCUAUCAGAUUUUGGAUUGGCUAGGUUGGGCCCUUCAGAAGGAUUAACCCAUGUCUCAACAGCGGUUGUAGGAACAAUGGGAUAUGCAGCUCCUGAAUAUGUUCAAACUGGACGUCUCACAUCCAAAAGUGAUGUAUGGAGUUAUGGGGUAUUCCUUUAUGAACUCAUCACAGGUAGGCGCCCUUUAGACCGAAACCGUCCCAGGAGCGAGCAGAAGCUCCUGGAAUGGGUAAAGCCAUUUCUGUCAGAUGUAAAAAAAUUCCAUCAAAUAUUGGACCCAAGGCUUGAAGGGAAUUAUCCCCUAAAGGCAGCACAAAAGCUGGCAAUUGUAGCCAACCGGUGCUUGGUCAGAAAUCCAAAAAGUCGCCCAAAGAUGAGUGAGGUGUUAGAAAUGGUGAUUCAGAUUACAGAGGCAUCAACAGAGACUGGUAGUCCUCAAUUACCCUUGAAGAGUUUGGCACUGGGGGAAACUUCUGUGGACACUGAAGCCAAGAAUAAGAAAAGGGUUGUAGAUUCUAGAUCUGGAGAAAGUGGUUGGUUUGUUCGUAUGUGGACUCCAAAGCUUUUGAGGUCAUGCUAAUCACAGUGAUUUUGUGCAAACUGGCUGGCCAAGUUGUUUAUAGGUUGUUAGAUAACUUGAAUGAACUUCGGGGCCUGAGGAUUCAUCAUCAAUACACACAAAUGAUAACUCGUUAGCAUGCCCCUCUGUAUCUGUGAGGAUCUAUAGCCAACCCUAAUUUGGGAUUAAGGCUUAUUGUUGUUGUAAUAUGUACCUCCCAUUUUUUAACAUGGAUGUAUAGAGCUGUGUAGUAGCGAACUUCAGAUUUGCCAAAAGUGGUUACUUAAUCAGGAUAGUAUAAAACACCAAUAAGCUUCAAAGGUAACUUGAAUUGCAUUUUGUUGGGCAAAAGAGGAUUAGGCUAGUUCUUUUUGGUACUAGGAGAUCCCUAUAGGGGAGAUUGAGAUCUAUUACUGAAUCAGUAUAAAUAGUUUAAUCAAGUUUGUAUCAUUUGAAACAUGUAAUGUAUUGGAAUCAUGUAUCAUUUGGAACAUGUAAUUUAUUGGAAACAUUGUUUUCUUUAA